UUAAGGCUUUGUGGGCGACUGCAUUUCCGCCGCACGUGGCUAGGUGUCUUGGGUGGGCUGCCAGGAGGAGGUUUGGACAAGCUCGACCUCCCGCUCGCCUCGCAAGGCCUUUGGAGUGGGUGGAGGCGGGAGGUGUUGUGCGGCAGGGGCUUGUGUGAAGGAGUCAAGGUACCAUGACACAUGGGACUGGCUGUGCACAGGUCGGCUCAGCUUCAGGGUGACCGUCUGGCCUCUGAUUUGAGACUGACGCGCUACCUACUGCGCCAACGAGGCACCUUGGCCUCUGAUUUGAGUCAGUGUUGUUUGACGGGCUGUUGUGCAAAGACUAAUUUGACCCGGCCUUGGACCCUCUGGCCCUUUCAUUGGAAAUAAGCGUGCCCCGCCUAUCUGCUAGCCUGGUUUCAAAGAACAAAUGAGAAAGUCUUUUGGAAGCUAUAAAGUGCAUUGUUAUUAAACGUGGUUGUUAAUGCUUCUUAAAACUCCAUCUCCAUUACAUAUCUGCUACCAAUGAUGUUUAGAUAAACUUCAUUGAAAUGACUCUUCAGGAAUUGGUGCAUCAGGCUGCCUCCAUUUAUUCUAAUAAAAUAGCUGUAUGUUUUGAUGAAUGUAAUGACCAGCCUCCAGUUUAUUACACCUACAAGACUCUGGUUAAUGCUGCUUCAGAAUUAUCAGAUUUUCUGCUGUUACAUUGUGACUUUCAAGGAAUUCGGGAAAUUGGUCUCUACUGCUAUCCUGGGAUAAACUUACCCACUUGGAUUUUAGGAAUUCUGCAAGUCCCUGCUGCUUAUGCUCCUGUUGAUCCAGAUUCACCACCAGCAUUAUCAAUUCAUUUUAUGGAAAAAUGUAAUGUAAAGUAUAUUCUUGUUGAAAAACAGCAAAUUAAUAAAUUCAAAUCUUCCUAUGAAACAUUAUUGAACUAUGAUACUCUUACAGUAGAACAUAAAGACCUAGUACUUGUCAGACUUCACUGGAAAAAUGCUGAGGUGAGCUUGAUGCAAAAUGACAGAAAAGAGAAAUAUGAAAAAGAAGAAAUGGCAAAGAGCACGAGUUCUGAGAAUAGCAGUGAAGAAAAGUUGGAAGAACACAUGGAUGUGAGGCUAAAACAUUGUUUAGCCUAUGUUCUCCAUACGUCAGGCACCACGGGGCUACCCAAGAUUGUCAGAGUCCCUCACGCAUGUAUAAUACCGAACAUCCAGCAUUUUCGGGUACUUUUUGAGAUCACACAAGAAGAUGUUUUAUUUCUGGCUUCACCUCUGACCUUUGAUCCUUCAGUUGUGGAAAUAUUUGUUGCUCUAUCAAGUGGUGCCUCUCUGCUUAUUGUACCAACUUCCAUCAAGGUGCUCCCAUCGAAAUUAGCUGCAGUUCUCUUUUCCCACCACAGAGUGACUAUUUUGCAGGCAACACCGACAUUGCUUAGAAGAUUUGGAUCUCAGAUAAUCAAGUCAGCUGUUUUAUCAGCCAGUACUUCUCUUCGAGUAUUAGCCCUUGGUGGUGAAGCAUUUCCAUCACUGACUGUUCUCAAAGGCUGGAGAGAAGUAGGCAAUAGAACACAAAUAUUUAAUGUUUAUGGUAUCACAGAGGUAUCAAGUUGGGCGACUUUUUACAGGAUUCCAGAGGAGAUUCUUAACUCUACUUUGAAAUGUGAUUUGCCUGUACAACUGGGAUUUCCACUGCUUGGAACGAUAGUUGAAGUCAGAGAUACUAAUGGUUUCAGAAUUCAAGAAGGCAAUGGCCAAGUAUUUUUAGGUGGCAGAAACAGAGUAUGUUUUCUUGAUGGCGAAAUGACAGUACCACUUGGCACAAUGCGAGCCACGGGAGACUUUGUGACUGUGAAAGAUGGAGCGUUAUUUUUCUUGGGACGAAAGGACAGUCAGAUCAAACGUCAUGGCAAACGUCUUAACACUGAACUUGUGCAACAGGUUGCUGAAGGACUUCAGCAAGUGGAGUCAUGUGCAGUUAUAUGGUAUAAUCAGGAAAAAUUAAUUCUGUUUGUGGUGUCCAAAACUGAAUUAGUAAAGGAUUACAUCUUUAAAGAACUGGAGAAACAUCUUCCAAGUCAUGCAAUCCCAGAUGAGCUUGUGCUGAUUGAUUCCCUACCAUUCACAUCUCAUGGCAAAAUUGAUGUUUCUGAGUUAAACAAGAUUUAUUUAAACUACACAAAGUUGAAGUUUGAGCAUAAGCUCAAUGGAAAAGAGGAACUUUGGGAAAAAUUACAGCAUUUAUGGAAGUCUAUUCUGGGUCUCUCAGAAGAUUCUUUGAAGGUCCCUGAUGAGUCACUCUUCUUAAAUAGUGGUGGAGAUUCCUUGAAGUCCAUACGGCUCUUCAGUGAGAUUGAAAAACUUGUUGGCACAUCAGUACCUGGGCUCCUGGAACUUAUUCUUAGCAGUUCCGUUUUAGAGAUUUACAAUUACAUUCUUCAAACAGUGUUUCCAGAUGAGGAUCUGACAUUUAGCAAGAAUUAUGCUACAAAAAGAAAAUUCAGUGACAUUAAUCAAGAAGAAACCAGUGGAAAAUCUUUACAUCAGAAAUCAGACAUGCCUUUAAAUUUAGACAACGAGAUAAAUGCUUUUAUUGCACUGAGCAGAGGGAGUCAUAUUUUGUCUCUGAAUCCUUCUAAGUUUUUAACUAAGUUAGAACAUUGCCCUUCAACCUGUUCUUCUGAUUUAAUUUCACAGACUAAUACUCAAAAAGUGAAAAGCUUAGACCCUUCAGUUCUUAUUGGGAAGUCAAAAGAUUCGACCUGUGUUGAAAAAGUUUAUGAAGAUGGAACACCUGUGAUAGAGGCCGAAACAAUGGAAUUACGUGUGAGGUGGAGGUCAGACACAGGCAAAUGUGUAGAUGCUUCGCCUCUGGUCGUAAUACCAGCUGUGGAUAAGUCAUCUGCAACUGUGUACAUUGGCUCCCAUUCUCACAGAAUGAUGGCAGUUGACCUUUACUCUGGGAAGGUAAAAUGGGAACAGAUUUUGGGAGAUCGAAUUGAAUCCUCAGCAUGUGUCUCUAAGUGUGGAAACUUUAUUAUAGUGGGCUGUUAUAAUGGGUCAGUUUAUGUUCUGAAAAGUAAUAAUGGGGAGAAAUACUGGAUGUUUACUACUGAGGAUGCUGUCAAAAGCUCGGCAACCAUGGACCCAACCACAGGAGUCCUUUACCUUGGCUCUCAUGACCAGCAUGCGUAUGCUUUGGAUAUUUAUGAAAAGAAGUGUGUUUGGAAGUUAAAAUGCGGAGGAACUGUCUUUUCUUCACCGUGUUUGAACUUGAUUCCACAUCACUUGUAUUUUGCUACACUGGGAGGACUUUUACUGGCUGUAAACCCUGCCACUGGAAAUAGAGUUUGGAAACAUUCCUGUGGGAAACCACUCUUCUCUUCUCCACGGUGCUGCCUACAGUAUGUUUGCAUUGGCUGUGUAGAUGGGAAUUUACUCUGCUUUACUCACUUUGGAGAACAGGUUUGGCAGUUCUCUACCAGUGAGCCAAUCUUCUCAUCCCCGUGUCCCUCCACAUCAGAGCAAGAAAUAUUUUUUGGUUCCCAUGAUUGCUUCAUCUACUGUUGUAGUAUGAAAGGUCACCUCCAGUGGAAAUUUGAAACUACCUCAAAGGUGUAUUCAACACCAUUUGCUUUCCAUCACCACAAGCAUAGCAGUGAAAUGUUGCUGGCAGCAGCCUCUACUGAUGGGAAAGUGUGGAUCUUGGAAUCUAAGAGUGGACAACUGCAAAGUGUGUAUGAACUUCCUGGAGAAGUAUUCUCUUCUCCUGUGGUGUGGGAAUCAAUGCUUAUUGUUGGAUGUAGAAAUAAUUAUGUUUAUUGUCUGGAUUUAUUAGGUAGCAAUAAAAAAUAAUCAAGUACAGCUUUUAUUAGAAUAUAUCUGAGAUGUUUGGAAAUAUUUACCAUUAUAAAGCAUGUGGAUAGUUUUAUAAUAAAGAUAAUAUUUUAAGAAA